GUUGAUCAUGUGACACGCUGAUAAUAACCUGCUGUAUCCAAUAUGGCGGCGCUGAAGUGCGAGUCGACGGAUGCUCUCAGUGCGGAUUUGUCAAAAUCGCCGAUAUUCUCGGACCACACCGUUGAGACAAUAAAGGAACAUGAGACUUCCGGAAUACCGCUUCAAACCGCCUGGACAUUCUGGCUGGACAAAGCUAUUUCAGGAACAACGGCAGAAGAAUACAAGGCAAAUUUGAAAAAAAUUUAUACCGUCAACACGGUACAAAGUUUUUGGGCGGUCUUCAACCACAUACCAAAUGCUGGUGAUAUUCAGGUAAGGUACAGCUAUCAUCUGAUGAGGGAUGAGAGAUACCCGUUAUGGGAAGAACCCGUUAACCAACACGGUGGAACAUGGAGACUCAAAUGUCACAAGUACGAUACGGCCGAUGUAUGGAAGGAAAUCGUUUUGGCAGCGAUUGGAGAACAGUUUUCCGACAGUGUCGCCGAGGGUGACGAAAUCUGCGGUGUCACAGUCUCAAUCAGGGACAGAGAUGAUCUUAUACAGAUAUGGAAUGCCAACGCCGCUCUGGCGCCUUCGGCCACCGUGCUGAAAAAAGUUCAUCAACUAUUGCCGGAAGUCAAGUUCCCUGCCGAAUUCUACAAACCCCAUCAAUCCAAUCACGCUUACGGCCGUCGCUGAAGACCAAUUUACAAAUAUGUCGAAGUCGAAGUGGCAAUGGAUGAAAAAUUGAUACCCAGUACGUAAAAUGUGCGUUCCGACGAACAUGCGAUCAGUCCUGCAAUGUUAGUAGUGUUAUAUAAUUUUAUGGAUUUUUUGUACAUGCCGACGAAUGUGGCCAAAGAAUUAUGGCAGGCAACAGCUGAUCUGAAAAACGCAUCCUACCAUAAUGUUAUACAUGAUAUAGAGAAAAGCUGUGAUCAUCGUGGAAUGAUUGAGAGGAGUAAGAAAGCAAAACUGUCGUUUUUCUUUGAUCAAAUGAAUUUCAAAGCUUUUUGUAUAAUCCGUUGGUAUUAAUGAUAUUUUAAUAUUUUAUUGCAACUUUGUGAUAUCGAAUUUGAUUGUUUCUUUACAUAUUAUACAAUUAUUGGUGUUUUUUGAAAUGUUGAAUAUAUAUUUUUUUACACUCAA